UAUACGCAACACCUAAUACUUCUCCUUGUACUUCACCCAUUAGUUUAAAUUUUACAAAUAAUAAUAAAGAAGUCAAUUAUUUGGUCAACAAAUUGGAAUCUUUAAAUGUUAACGAUAAUAAUUUUCCUAUCAACGGACUUGAUGAAAAUAUUGCUGAUAAUAUGAUUGAAAAUUGUAUAGGAACAAUAGGUUUGCCAGUUGGUUUAGCUCUUAAUUUUGUAAUCAAUGAUAAACCAAUAGUUAUACCUAUGUCAAUCGAAGAACCAUCAGUCAUUGCUGCUGUUUCUGGAGCUGCUAAAACAAUAUCCUCUUAUAAAGGUUUUACAGCAAUAGCUCCUGAAAGAAAUAUGAUAAUAGCUCAGGUUGCUCUUUUAGAUAUUCCUGAAGAUUCCAUGAACCUGUCAAUUAAAAAG